AUGGCUGCUUCACGUGCGCUCACAGAAGACGAUAUUCCUGAAGCUUCUCUUCGAGGUAGAUCGCCUGCCACGCUAAAAAAUGAAGAACUUCGUUUCUGGCUGAAAUGUAGGGGCGAUACAUUGAAAGGACUGAAAACAAAAGCACAAUUAGUGAAAAGGGUUGAGGAAUAUAUCAAAGAAUGUCGUGAUCAAAAUAUAGUAGAUCCGGAUCCUGACUCCGUAUAUACAAAGCGCAAGGAACGCUUGGAUAAAAACAAAGAUGACAACUCCGGAAUUGCCGCAACUCAGCAUCCUUUGAGUUUCCCAUCAGAUGGCUGGUCUGCAGACAUACGGCGGAUGCCCUUUUUUACCCGCGCCGAAAUGAAUGACCACAUUUCAAAGUCUGGAAAAAGAAUUGAUCCGACAAGUAAAGCCCAUUCAGUGCCAACUAGU